AUGUCGGAGCUGGAGCGGCUGCGGCUCGGCGCCAUCCCCGAGGGCCGGCGGCUGCUGCGGGAGCAGCACGGCAACCUGCUGCGGGUGGCCGAGUACUGCCAGGGCAACUACCUGCAGGCCAGCGACAAGAGGAAGGCGCUGGAGGAGACGAUGGCUCUGAGCACGCAGUCCCUGGCCAGCGUCGCCUACCAGGUCAGCAGCGUGGCCAGCGCCUUCCUGCGCCUGCUGGACCUGCAGGCGGCUCAGCUGCGCCAGGUGGAGGCUGAUGUCACCUGCGUGGCACAGGGGCUUCCGAUCUUCCCGAGCGGCCCCAGGGUGGCGGCGCCCCCGGAGCCCCCCGCGCCGGAGCCCUACUACCGGACAGCGCUGGACCUCAGCGCCCUGGACGGCGUCGGCCACGGGGUCAAGGACACCAGCACUCAGCUGUCCCGCACGGGGACCCUGGCUCGGAGAAGCACCAAGGGCUCCUCGGCUCAGCCUGGGGGGACGCUGGGGGGGGCAGCCGCGCCUGAAUUUGGGGAUCUGGCCCCGCCACCAACCCCAGCCGUGCCUGAAUUUGGGGACCUGGCCCCGCCACCGCCCCCAGCCGCGGAGGAUCCCCCGUGGGCCCCUCAGAACUACCUGGAGAAAGUGGUGGCCCUGUACCCCUACAGGCGGAGAAGGACGCAGAAGGACACGGAGCUGUCGCUGGCCCCGGGCGCGCUGCUGUUCGUCACCCGCCGCUUCUCGGACGGCUGGUGCGAGGGGGUGACGGAGCACGAGUCGGGAACGGGGCACCGGUCCGGAAUCUUCCCCGGGAAUUUCGUGGAACCCGUCUGAGCCUGACCCACUCCCCGCGCCUCGGCGUUUCCUUGGAAUUCCGGCUUUGGCAGAGCAGCGAAUGCGCAGGAAUUUCGCCUUUUGGAGCUGAAAAUUUCGGCUUUUGGAGCUGGGAAUUUCGGCUUUUGGAGCUGGGAAUUUCAGCUUUUGGAGCUGAAAAUUUCGGCUGUUGGAGCUGGGAAUUUCAGCUUUUGGAGCUGGGAAUUUCGGCUUUUGAAACUGGGAAUUUCAGCUUUUGGAGCCGGGAAUUUCAGCUUUUGAAAGUGAG